UCGCGGAUCCGGGCGCAGCUGGGAGCCGGGCGCCAGUGAGCACCGGGCCGAGGAGCAGCCACUGGCCCCCACCUCCGGGCCGGCCCGAGCGCGCCCGGCCCGCCGCCCGCUCCCCUCCCUGCGCCUCCCCCACCACCGCCUCCGCCUCCCUCCGCCGCCUCUUUAAUACUUGCCCGCCGCCGCCGCCGCCGAGUCCGCGGACAUGUCCUUCCCGCAGCUGGGCUACCCGCAGUACCUGAGCGCCGCGGGGCCCGGCGCCUACGGCGGUGAGCGCCCGGGAGUGCUGGCCGCGGCAGCGGCCGCCGCGGCCGCCGCCUCGUCGGGCCGCCCCGGGGCGGCGGAGCUGGGCGCGGGCGCGGGCGCGGCCGCCGUCACCUCGGUCCUGGGCAUGUACGCGGCGGCCGGACCGUAUGCGGGCGCGCCCAACUACAGCGCCUUCCUGCCCUACGCCGCCGACCUCAGCCUCUUCUCGCAGAUGGGCUCACAGUAUGAACUUAAGGACAACCCCGGAGUGCACCCUGCCACCUUCGCAGCCCACACGGCGCCGGCCUACUACCCCUACGGCCAGUUCCAGUACGGCGAUCCCGGGCGGCCCAAGAACGCCACGCGCGAGAGCACGAGCACGCUCAAGGCCUGGCUUAACGAGCACCGCAAGAACCCCUACCCCACCAAGGGCGAGAAGAUCAUGCUGGCCAUCAUUACCAAGAUGACCCUCACGCAGGUCUCCACCUGGUUCGCCAACGCGCGCCGGCGCCUCAAGAAGGAGAACAAGGUGACGUGGGGGGCGCGCAGCAAAGACCAGGACGACGGCGCCCUCUUCGGAAGCGACACCGAGGGCGACCCCGAGAAGACAGAGGACGACGAGGAGAUCGAUCUGGAGAGCAUUGACAUCGACAAGAUCGACGAGCACGACGGCGACCAGAGCAACGAGGACGACGAAGACAAGGCCGAGGCGCCGCGAGCGCCCGCCGGGCCCGCCGCCCUCGCCCGGGACCAAGGCUCACUGCUGGCGGCCGCCGACGCGCUCAAGCCCGAAGACUCGCCCCUGGGCCUGGCCAAGGAGGUCCCGGAGCCCGGCAGUACGCGUUUGCUGAGUCCUGGCGCCACGGCGGGCGGCCUGCAGGGCGCGCCGCACAGCAAGCCCAAGAUCUGGUCACUGGCCGAGACGGCCACGAGCCCCGACGGCGCGCCCAAGGCCUCGCCGCCGCCGCCCGCCGGCCAUCAGGGCGCGCACGGGUCCCCGGCGGGCGCGCCGCUGCAACACCCCGCCUUCCUGCCCAGCCACGGACUGUACACCUGCCACAUCGGCAAGUUUUCCAACUGGACCAACGGCGCUUUCCUCGCGCAGGGCUCGCUGCUCAACAUGCGCUCCUUCCUGGGCGUCAGCGCUCCCCAUGCCGCGCCCCACGGCCCGCACCUGCCCGCGCCUCCGCCACCGCAGCCGCCGGUCGCCGUUGCCGCGGCGGUGCUCCACGGAGACAAGGCCUCGGCCCGCAGCAGCCCCGCCCUCCCAGAGAGAGACCUCGUCCCCAGGCCGGACUCGCCGGCACAGCAGUUAAAGUCGCCCUUCCAGCCUGUGCGCGACAACUCCCUGGCCCCGCAGGAGGGAACGCCGCGGAUCCUAGCAGCCCUCUCGUCCGCCUGAUCCAGGGUCAUCUUUUACUUUUGCGGGGGGAGGGGGGAGGAGUUCGGGAGGGAGGGGAUGAGGGAGAAUAAGACAAAUAUUUUAGACUGGUGUAAAGGACAAAUAUGGCAACGACGUCAACGACUCCCAUCCAUCGCUUUCUGCAGAAAGGGGCUCGUCCCGGCUGAGCUCGCGUCCUGGCAGCCUGGCCUCAGCCCGCGGCUCAGCUCGGGUUGCUGUCACCGUAGUCCGGUGGAUUAUCGGUUCGGUAAAUGCCCCCACGUGCUUGUGUCUUUUUUUUUUUCUUUCUGUAUAUAGAGUGAUUUCAGAUUGUAAAUAGCGCGUCAGCGAACUUGUCUAAAUCAUAUAUUUUUGUCUAAUAAACUAAAUGAAAUGAUGCCCA